CCGCGUGUGUCCCCGACGCGUACGCGUAAAAAAAGCCCAAAACUGGAACCAGAACGGGUAUACCACCCGUCACCCUAGUCAGGCCUUGUUUCCUCCGGCGACGGCGGAACGAGCGAGAGAGUCCUCGGCGCGGCCGACAACCGGCUGCGGGAUCGCCCGAUUCAGCCGUCGCGAAGGGCCGCAGAACUAGCGGCACCGCACCGCGCCGCGCCGCACGCCAUGGCAGGUAAUAACCCACCACCAAAGCCAUGGGAGCGUGUUGGGACUUCAUCUGGUCCAGCGCCUUUCAAACCCCCAUCUGGAGGCAGCACUAGUGACGUUGUUGAGGCCUCUGGGACAGCAAAACCUGGGGAAGUUGUUUCUGCUGCACAGAGCAAUGCUGCUUUCAACGUGAACAAUACAGUUGCAGGGCCUGUGCCCCCGCGUCCCUGGCAGCAGCAAGGAUACGGAAAUACUUAUGGGGGUUAUGGUGCCAGUACCUAUAAUUCAUAUGGUGGAUUUGGUGGGGCUUAUAGUAACGGUGGGCUAUACGGAAAUAAUAACAUGUAUUCAGGGUUUGGAGGUGGUUACGGCAGUUCAUACAGGGGCUCUGGAAUGUAUGGUGGGUCAAUGUAUAAUAACGGGAUGGGAAAUCCAUACGGUGGUAUGGGCAUGUCUCCUUACAAUCAGGGUCCUAAUUCAUUUGGUCCUCCAGCACCACCCCCAGGUUUCUGGGUGUCCUUCCUACGAGUGAUGCAUGGGAUUGUGAAUUUCUCUGGACGAGUUGCUUUCCUUAUCAGCCAGAAUACUCAGGCAUUCCACAUGUUCAUCACAGCUCUUUUGCAGCUAUGUGAUAAGUCUGGUAUGCUUUAUGGUGAGCUUGCGAGAUUCACAUUUCGAUUGCUGGGGAUCAAAACCAAACCAAAUAAGGGCAGAAUUCAGGGUGCACAAGCUCCAUCAUCAGAUGGGCCUGGCCAGCAGUUCGUUGAGGCGCCAAAAGCUAGCAAGAACUCAUGGGAGAACGUCUGGAGCGGCGAUGCUAAGGGAAUGUGAGCUGCUAUAGGUGUGCAGUUACAGUGACAGGUUUUGUUAGACGAGGACAGUGAGUUUGCUUAUGGCUACGGGGAGAAAGGAAAUCUGCUGAUUUCUGUUCUGACGCAUCUGCCAUUUGAACCAGAGCGAGGAAACCAAGUAACCCCUAUUGCUCGUUGUACUUACCGUGAUUUCUUUUCUUCCCUAGUAUCUGUGUAGUGCUGUUACGAAGAGUUUGUUGCUGUGAGAAAUGUGAGCUUGUAAAGUAUGGCUUUCCUGAUAAUAGAGUAAAUAUUACCCAAAA